CACAGACUUAGAUGACAACUCCUGGAGCCUGAGAUUGACCCCCUGCCCUUCGUGUAGUGGGGCCUCCUUAGGCACCACCGUAGAUUGUCCCCUCAGUGGGAGGCUCCUCCACGUUCCCCUCCCCUCAGACUCCACUACCAACGGCCUUCCCUCAACGGCAGCCAGCUAGGCCUCCACCAUCUUCACUGUCCUCAUUGCCCCAGUCCGAUUGCAGCCCAGUUGAGGUACCCACUGGUGUCAUGUCUGCCACAGGGGAUCGAGACCCAACCCAAGAGGGCCCAGUGGGAGAGUGGAUGGGGGCUGCUGGAGUGGGUGAAGGGAUAGACCUCGACUUGGGCCCAGAUGAGGGCAACAUGGCACCUGAGACCAUGGAAGCCGAGGUGGCGGGUUCUGGGGGGAUGGAGAUCCUGGAGCCUGAGGGAGGCCUAGAGGAGGAAGAGGGAGCUCAGGGCCUAGUCCCGGCCAGAGCCCGGGAGGGCGGCAACACCGAGGAAGACUCGGACAUUGGGCCGGCAGAGGAUGAGGGAGGGGACCUGGCAGAGAGCCAGGACAUCCUCGUGGACGCCCGUCAGUUCCCCAUGGUUGGCUUCCGGUUCAUGUUCCUGGAUCUGGUCCACUCCCUUCUGCACCGCAUCUACUACAACGACCACAUCCUGAUCCGCCCCUACCGUGGCCCUGUAGUGGUGCGAUCCCGCUCGCCAAUGGCAGAUGGCUCAAGCGAGCUCCCGGUGCUACACAUACCCCAGAGGCCGAGAAUGAGGGCCCAAUCUCGGGAGGUCCAAGACGAGGGCCUUCGCUUGGGUCUAGGCCUGCCUGAGGUGGCCACCUCAGUCCUAGAGUUCCAGGAACCAACAGACAACGCAGAAGCAGCCCAUGUUUCCGUGGAGCGGACAGAGGAAGUGGCAGAGGAGGAGCAGGCAGAGGAGAUGAUAGAUCAGGUCACAGAAAUAAGGGAAAUAACUAAAUAUCAGUAUGGUAACUGGAGUGAAGAUGAUGUAGACUUUGGAGGUGAAGAAGAGAAAGAAGAAGAGGAAGAAAAAAAGAUGGAAAAUGAAAAACAAGAAGAACCUGAAAAGGACCCAGAUCCACUGGAUGGCAGCCCCAGAAAACCCAGUUGGAAAGAAUAGAAAAGGAUGAAGAAAGAAGAAAGAAUCUGAUCUUCACUCUUUUUAUGUGUUUGCUUUUCAGAAGCCCAAGGCAAUUUUAUCAAUAUUGGUUUCAUUCCUCAGUUCAUCACCCCAAAAGUGACAUUCAAUGAUACCCAACUUUUCUAUUUAUUUAUUACACUAAUCUACUUAUUUAUUAUGUUUUAAUGGCAUUUGUUCAAGUGAACAAAUAGUUUGUUUUCAAUGACUAACCUGAAAUAUAAGUAUAUUUUUAAAAAGAUAACACUCAAAUCUCUGUUUUACCUCUUUAUCUUCAUUUGAAAUGGAUCACGUUCUACCACUUGGUAAACUUUAUUUAUAAAGUCUUUUAUAGCAGCCUAAACAAUUACAAUGUCAAGUUUAAAAAUUUUUUAUGAGGAAAGAGAUUGAGGUCAAACCUUUAGUUAAAACUAUGUUUGUCGUUAUAUUAGUCACUUAGCCAUGUGUGGCCCUUGAGCAUGUAAAAUGUGAUUAAAUCCUAUUUAAGAUGUACUGUGUCACCAUUGUAUACACCCACAAAGAUGGGGUCUUAAUUAGAUAUAAGAUACACUCCAUACUUGUAUAAUUUUAUCAAAAUGCAUUGUCUUGUAUAACUAAGA